GGUCACGUGACACCCUUCACUAGUAGUUGAAGUCGCCAUUUUGCUUGUCGUCAAAAUCGGAUCAAGCGCUUCCAACGACGGCAAAAAAAAUAAAUACGAGUCUGACUUUGUAAGUCUUCGGCUGAUAGCGGAACGGUUAGCCGCACGAGUUCACGGACAGUUUGCUGAUCGGCGGUGAUGCUUCCGGUCAGACUCGUGUAGGUUUCUGCGGCUCAGUCUUCUCGAAGAUGGAGGACGGCGCGGCGCGCCAGGACGCGUGUCGGGAGUACCAGUCCUCCCUGGAGGACCUGACGUUCAACAGCAAGCCGCACAUCAACAUGCUCACCAUCCUGGCCGAGGAGAACCUGCAGUUCGCCAAGGAUAUCGUCGCAAUAAUUGAAGCUCAAAUAACCAAGGCGCCAUCCUCCGAGAAGCUCCCAGUUUUGUACUUAGUGGACUCCAUAGUGAAGAAUGUCGGAGGAGAGUACCUUGCAGAGUUUGCUAAAAACCUAGUCACUUCAUUUAUAUGUGUCUUUGAAAAGGUGGACGAAAACACCCGAAAGAGUCUGUUCAAGCUGCGCUCCACGUGGGACGAGGUGUUCCCCACAAAGAAGCUGUAUUUGCUGGACGUCAAGGUCAACUCUCUGGACCCGGCCUGGCCCAUCAAGCCGCUCCCGCCCACAGUCAACUCCAGCAUCCACAUCAACCCAAAGUUUUUUAAGCAGACUGAGGAGGCGCCCUCUCCACAGCCAGCCCCCGCUCAGCCUCCCCCGCCAGUGGUCACGCCCAAGCCUCCCAGCGCCACGGGACAGUCCAGCCUGACCCAGGAGCAGCUGAUCCGCAAGCAGCUGCUGGCCAAGCAGAAGCAGCUUCUGGAGCUGCAGCAGAAGAAGAUCGAGCUGGAGCUGGAGCAGACCGAAGCACAGCUUGCAAUCGGAUUUAACCUCCAACAAGCUCCUGCGGGUCCCCCACCGGCAGCACCGAGCUUAGCACCCAAGCCCCUCAGCCAAAGCACCUCUGUGAUCCGACCCUGGAUCCCCCCCCAGCCUCCGACUGACCCAAAGCUUCCCACCCGAGACCCACGUCUGAACCGCCCCGCUCCUCUGACUCCAGCUCAAAGCAAAGAGCCUCCAGCUCCCAGAAAAGAGGUCUCCCCCAGCGUCCAGAAUCUCGCCAUCAUCCCUGAGAAAAGGCUGCCAGAGAAGCCCGUUAAGCCCGAUAGAACUAGAACCUUCAGGAAAGACAUACUUGAUGAGAAAUCCAAGAACAAACUGCCAAAAAGCGUCCAGAACCAAAGGGAGGUGGCUGGGCCUGACCCAAAAGUCCCGGAGAAGAAGGAUCCUCGGCUGAAGAAGCGACCACUGGAGCGCGGCCCCGAGCCAAAAGAAGACGAGGUAAAGGACAAGAAGAGAAGUAGCGACAAGAAGGAGCGAGAUGACACCCCGCGUUCCAACAAGGGCAAGCUGCACAACGGGGCGGCGGCCAAACACGAAGACGUCGGCGACAAGGCCGAGCCGAAGAGCGGGGGCAACGCCCGGACGCACGCCAGGAAACGCACCCGAUCGCGGUCACGUUCUCCAAACGCUUCUCCCAAGCGGAAAGACAGGCGGUCGCCCAAAAGCCGACCCAGGAGCAGCUCCCCGUCCCCCCACAAGCCAGGAAAGCCCCGGAGAGUUCGACCCGACAACCUGACCCUGAACAAACCCGGCCACGAUGAGCGGCUCGCCCCCAAGAAGAACCAGGCAGACGGCAGGCGGCCCAAAAGGCCUGCAGAGGAACGCCACGGCGAGUCUAGGGACUCCCUCCGCAUCAAUGAUGGGGGGGCCAAGGAGGGUAAGGAGGGUCACCGCUGGAGGAGCGGCUGGGAGAACAAGCACCUGAAGUCAGAAGAGUCUCACCCGAAGGCCGGACCUCUGAGGCACAAACCUUACGGGGGCCCGGCCCGGCCCAGCACCCCUAGAACCCCCAAACACCGCCUCAGCGUGGAUGCCAACCUGCAGAUCCCGGAAGUCUUGAACUCUGCCUCCAAGAAAGACCUGCUGAUGAGGGCCAGCAAACGUGUGGAGAGCGGCGAGAUCUCUCAGGAGGACUUCCUGAACAUGGCCCACCAGAUCAACCACUUAUUCCAGUACCAGGAGGAGAAGCAGCUGCGCUCCGAGAGCUGGGACGGACCCGGGGAGUUCCCCACCAAGAAGCAGACAGGGCAGGCCCAUGUCUCCAUGCCCCACCCCCACAUGGACCCCGCCGAGCUGUCCUACUACGAGCACAAGUCCAAACUGAAGAAGACUCAGGUCAACCAUCGAACCGCCAACGAAGAGUGGGAGAGCCAGGACUCUCUGGAGGGCGGCGGUGACGCGGAACAAGCCAUGCACCCCCCCACACAUAAAUUCAGCAGACCCCCGAGAGACAGACCAGGUGAACGCCAGAGCAAAGAGCGGGAGGACUCCCGCCCCCCCCUCGCCCCAAUGAUUGAGGAUUACAACCACGGCAAAGAGUUUCCCACCUUGAAGUCUCUCCCAGAUCUCCGCUUCAGGAGGAGGGCCGACCCUCGAAAGUCCAGCGAGCGGGAGUGGACGUCCCCACUGGAGCGGCAACUGUACAAGGAGAAGAAAGGCGGCUACGACGCCCCACGGCGCUACGAGGCCAGACACUCAGAACCCCGCAGACCUGAGGGUGCCCCCCUCCCCGAGGCACUGCCCCACAGAAAAUGCCCCAGCCCGGUGGGUCUGGAAGGUCUGGCUCCGCACUUCAGGCGUGAGCCCCUGUCCCCGCCACGACAGGUGAACGCUCCAGACAGUCCGGUGGCGCGCUUCGAGAGCCCCAACAGCGAGCACUCAGACGACGGCCCCCUCAUUCUGGAUCCCCACAUGCCCCCCCAACACAUGCUGACGGGGGCACCUUUCCGACCACAUGGCAACUCCCCAGGACACACCCCUCCUCACGACGGAGUACACCCUCCUCGAUAUGGCGGCCCCGCCCUCAUCGGGCCUGCCAGGCCACACCCUCCAGGAUGGACAGGGGGACACAUUGAAGAGCCUCACCAUCAGGGGCCAGGCAGGUUUGAUGAUGGGGGGCCAUCUCAUCUGAUGGUAGAUAUGACUGAGCCCCCCCAGGGGCCAGGCAGGUUUGGUGCUCCUAUUGGCCAGCAGCCGGUGUCGGGCAGGGGGCCGGGCCCUAUAGACGGGCCAGUGCAGCAUUUUGAGCCCUCUGGUCCCUUCGGCGGUCCCAUGGGCUUUCAUCAGCAGCAGCGACCCCCCCACUUUGAAGACCUGUCGAACCAACUGAGGCCCCCCCGGCUAGACAACAACGUUUGCUUUGAUAGACCCAACCAGCCGGGUCCCCAUUUUGACAUGGCCAACGCUCCUGUGCAAGGAGGGGGGGCACACUACGAUUUCAUCCCCGGUCAGCAGGGGCCCCCCAGGUUUGGUCCCCAACCAAACCUGCAGCCUCAUGUGAGGCAGAUGGCUCCCGAUGUUUACAACCACCCGGUGCCCAUCCAGCAAAACUUUGCUAUGACCCUCCAGCCGUUCCAGGAGCCCAUGAACCCUCAGUUCCCCCCCGCGCCAAUGGCGACCGGAAACUUCAACCCGCACAUCGGCCAGCCGGGCCCCGGGUCCUUCUACAACCCUCCGGCCCCCAACAUCAACAUGCAGCAGCCGGUGAUGGCGAGCAUGAACGCCCCCUUCCUGCCCCCAAACCAGGUGUCGUUUGAGCCGCAAUUCCCUCAGGCGGCCGCCAGCGGGGAGCACUUCGGUCAGGUUGACGUCGAGUCUCUCCUGAGCAAACUCAUCUCCACUGGCAUCAUCAAGCCGUCGCAGCCGGACCCCGCCCUCCCCGCCAGCAGCGGUGAGCCUGCAGCUGUGGCCCCCCCUGCCGCACCUGAGCCCGAGGAGGAGGAAGACCAGGAGGUUGAAGAGAACGACAUCCCGGACCUUACCGGCUUCAGCAUCGAUCACAUGAAGCUGCGGUACGAGAGCGUGGUAACCAAGCUGUACACGGGGAACCAGUGCUGCCUUUGCAGCAUGCGCUUCUCUGCCACGCAGACCGACUUGUACGCCGACCACCUGGACUGGCACUUCCGGCAGAACCACGCCGACAAGCAGGCGAGCAAGAAGGUGACGCAUCGGCGCUGGUACUACACUCUGACGGAUUGGAUCGAGUUUGAGGAGAUCGCUGACCUGGAGGAGCGAGCCAAGAGUCAUUUCUUUGAGAAGGAGAAUGAGGAGGUGGUGCAGAAGACCCAAGCAGCGGCCAAGGAGAAGGAGUUUCAGAGUGUGAGAGCCACCAAGGACCAGGUGGGAGAGUCGUGUGAGAUCUGUCAGGAACCCUUUGAGACGUACUGGGUGGAGGAAGAGGAGGACUGGUUCUUGAAAAACGCCAUUAAAGUGGAUGAGAAGAACUUUCACCCAUCCUGCUUUGAAGAUUACAAAAAGUCGUCGUACCUCGAUGCCACGCCUUCUCCCAGCAAGCUGAUGACCGAACACCCGCUCGGGGCUUUUAAAACAGAGCAGGAGUCCACUUCCUGUGCAUUGGAGGCAACAUCCGUGAAACAGGAAGUGGAGCCUCCACAGGAAACGGAUUGUGAACCGUCCUGUUCUGAGGAGACGGUUGGCGGGGCUCCCGAGGCCGUGGUGGACUCUGUGCCGUCAGAAGAUCCAGCGUGACCUGCUGCUGCUGCUCGCCAUCGUCCUGUGGGGGCGAAGGCCUUUUAGCACUUGAAUACAUUUUGGUAUUUGAUCGUGUGGCCGUUUCAGAGCCGCUGUUUCUGUGAAGAAAUGUUUCGUUUGCUCAAAGCUGUAAAUGAUUUAAUUUAUAAAUUAAAGUAUUUUUGGUACCUGUGGUCUAACGCUGGUUGAAUGCGGAGCGUGGCAUCGCUGCAGUUUGAGUCUCAGGUGUUGAAGGUAAGCAUCAUCUGAUUGGUGGCCAGGGACUGAGAAGUUUCCUUUUUUUUGCUUUGAUCUUUAAUAAACGAGUCUGAAACGUGUUUGUGUGUGAUCCACUUCAGUUUGAUGUUCAGGUCCAACGUUACAAAUAAAGUUUCUGUGG